UUCCGGCUUAGUGCUUGAUCUUCUUUGAUUCAGAGGGACGAAAGAGAGGGGACCGAGAAAAAGGUUAGGAUGCAAUAUCUGCAAUCAGGCAAUCCUAGUGCUACAUACAUGCACACUGCCACGUCCGAUGUGCGCCCCGAUCGUUUUUUUUCACUUUUGUGCACACUGCACGUAAGUCCGCCUGUACGCAAUAUAAUCUAUAAACUUAUAACAAUGGCGCAUUGCGCGGCCGCGCAACAGCUGAUAGGAUACGCAAUGUCAUCGUCAUCAUAUCAUCAUCCGGUAUUGCUCGUCCGUCGCUACGGCGAGAUCACGACGUCGGCCAUGGAUUAUUGGAUUGUGCACACCUGUGCAACACAAAAUGAAACAGUGUGAUUUUGUUAAAGCUUUAUUAGCCUUGGUGUAAGUUACGACGUUUUAUUAGCCAUCGACCGAGUGUGCAGAUGUAAUGGGCUCCUUGAUGCAGAUGUUUCAAAAAAUAUUUUUCUAAUUGGUUUGUUGGGUGGACAGUGAGUAGUUUGCUAAUGAAGGUUAGGUUGCGCCUAAUUCAUUUUUUAUCCGGUGAUUUUUUUAUGAAUUUAUGACGAAACAGAAAAUUGUUUGCUUGUAUUGUUAACUCGCUCAUGUUUGCUUACUCCUUAUGCACUCAAAUGCAGCAAACAAAUGCUACUAUAAGAAGCUACUUUAAGAAACGUAUAUACAUAUGCUUGGAUCUUUUCACCCCCAUCAAUGAUUACUGACUAUUGAACCAAGGAUUAAUAAUAUCAUUCGUCCGUUGAAAAUAGCACAGUUCUCAGUGUAAGCUUAAUUAGAAGAGAACUGGAUCAAGCAAGGUAACAAAAGCCUCAAACAAGUGCUUUAAAAAAAUGGAUGGCGAAGAAAGGUCAUCCAGAUCAGGGCCAAUGGCAUCAUUGAACAAUCUCUUUUCCUUCACUAGUCCAGCGGUCAAGAAACUUUUAGGUUGGAAACAGGGUGAUGAGGAUGAAAAAUGGGCAGAAAAGGCAGUGGAAUCAUUAGUAAAAAAAUUGAAAAAGAAAAAGGGUGCCUUUGAAGAGCUUGAAAGAGCUGUCAGUAAUCCAGGAACCCCGAGCAAAUGCAUAACUAUACCACGAAGUCUUGACGGUAGAUUACAGGUUUCUCAUCGCAAGGGUUUGCCACAUGUGAUUUAUUGUCGAGUUUGGCGGUGGCCAGAUUUGCAGUCCCAUCAUGAAUUAAAACCUCUAGAAAAUUGUCAAUAUCCAUUUUCCGCAAAGCAGAAGGAGGUGUGCAUCAAUCCAUAUCAUUACAAACGAGUUGAAAGUCCAGUUUUACCCCCAGUUCUUGUACCGAGGCACUCUGAGUUUGCUCCAGGCAGGUUACCGGUAACCUUCCAGCAGCACAGUGAAUCGACUAUGCCCCAGAAUAUGUCUUAUUAUUCAAAUGACUUUAAUUCCGGAGGUAUGGCUGCCAAUAGUACAGGGAGUAUCGAUGGUAGUGGCAACUCGCCAGUAUCUUCGUACGGCUCUGUAUCGAGCCCCAUUAAUGCAGCUAAUAAUCAUAAUCCUUAUGGUGCAAAUAAUGGCUUAUCUGAAACUCCACCACCUGCGUACUCACCAUCCGAAGAUGGCUCUCAGUAUGGUCAAUCUCCAUCUCCCAAUUCAAUGAUGGCCAUGGAUAUAAGCAAUGCUCAAGAUGUAGCACCAGUACCGUAUCAAGAACCUCGCUACUGGGCAUCCAUAGCCUAUUAUGAACUAAACUGUCGAGUGGGCGAAGUUUUUCAUUGUCAGUCGCCAUCGGUAAUAGUUGACGGUUUCACCGAUCCUCGCAACAACUCCGCUAGAUUCUGUCUAGGACAGUUAUCAAACGUUAACAGAAAUUCGACAAUAGAGAACACCAGGCGACACAUUGGUAAGGGCGUGCAGCUGCAUUAUGUGGGAGGGGCGUUGUUUGCAGAGUGCAAUUCAGAUUCGGCUAUUUUCGUGCAGUCUAGAAAUUGCAAUCACCAACGGGGCUUUCACUUAAGUACGGUCAUAAAAAUACCUCCCACCUGUUCCUUAAAGAUUUUUGACAAUCAGCUGUUUGCCGAUCUGCUCGCGCAAAGCGUCUGUCAUGGAUUCGAAGCUGUUUACGAAUUGACAAAAAUGUGUACAAUAAGAAUGUCUUUUGUCAAAGGUUGGGGAGCUGAAUAUCAUCGUCAAGAUGUCACCUCGACACCUUGUUGGAUCGAAAUGCAUCUUAAUGGUCCACUUCAGUGGCUCGAUAAUGUUCUUACUCGUAUGGGUACACCACACAACGCCAUAAGUUCGGUGUCAUAAAAUAAGUGUAUUUUUUUAAAAAACGGAAAAUCGCUUGAAAGCCACGUUUUAAGAAUUCUCGAUGUUUUGCCAAAAGAUUGAAAUUAGUUAGGAUUAUGUAAAAUUAAAAUUUGAUCGUUCAAUAUAUAUCAUUAGUUGCAUUAAAUUUCGUUUU